AUCGGCGUGCGACGGCGCUUCUGCAGCAAUGGAAAGAUGCAGGAGGGCAAGAAAAGAGAAAAAGAAAAGAAAUGGAGCCAGUGUGACCGAGAGCUGGAUGAUGGACAGAUGAAGAGGAGGAAAACUGGCUCCAGCAUGGAGGAGUGCAGGAAGCCUCUGGAGCUGCCGGAGGGCCCUCAGGAGCCCAGUCAGCUGGAAGACGGAGGCCUGGACCUGAGCCGGAGCUUCAAACCCAUCAGCGGAUACAUGCAGGAGCGCAGGGAGAUGCUGGAGCAGUGCUUCAGUGUGCUGGGAGAGAAUAAACUGCAGGAGAUGCUGCCUGACGGACUGAAGGAUUGUUCACUGAAUGAGAUUAAGAAACUGUGCUGGGAUCAGUUACUGCAGAUUUCCGACAUUCACCUGCUGGAGAUCUUAGAUGGUAAAGAGUUGUCAGUCACUGCUGCUCCUGAACCGAAGAGCUGCACAGACAGUCAGCAAGACAGUAACGUGGACUCCACUUCAUCUCUGAGGGACAAUCCCGACACUGAAGAAAAGCAGGGUUCUGGAGAAGACAGUGACGUUCUUAGCAUCAAUGCAGAAAUCGAUGACAGUGACAUCGAAGGCCACAAAGUGCCGAAAUCUGAAGAGCCGUCGCUCAAAGAUGAAGCUCCGCCUCCCAAAGAUGAAGCUCCUCCCCCAGCCCCACCCCCUGAACCCAAGGUGGAGCUCCAGCAGGACAUCGAGCGGAGUGUCAGCGAGAUCCUCAGCUGCUCUGAGUCCCGCAAAGAGCCGAGCGCAGAGAGAGCCGGAGCUCCAGAAACGGCAGAAAAACACCCGUCAGCUCAACAGCUGGAGCUCCUGGAGCUGGAGAUGAGGGCCAGAGCUAUUAAAGCACUCAUGAAGGCCGGAGAGAGCAAAAAACACACGCAACUACACUGAAGAUGGAGGAAUCAUUGGGAAUACUGACUAAAAAAACACUUUUAAGGUCAUGAAAUUUCAGACAGAUUUGCUGUGGAUCAUGAAAAUGAUUUGAAUUUGAUAUGAUAAUCUGUUUUUGUUAUUAAAAAUCCCUUAAAUACUG